UAAGCGGUAGUCUCACGACCCGGAUAGUAAACAAUAAACAUGGAGUCGUUAGUGUUGCUGGUCUUGGUGCUGUGGCUUGUUGUCACCGACAACGCCAACAGAUACUGGCAAGAGCGUAUAGAUGAGGCGAGGCAUAUAAGGCUUCAGAAAUUCUCGUAAUUCUUCUUCUUCCGGGUUUACGGUGUUUACAGAUCCCAGCGUGCUCACGGGGCGUGUGUGGGCAUGUGAGGACACUCCUCCUCACCAAUCAGUGCACAGGGGAGUGUCUGCUCACGCCCCUAGCCCCACUCCAAAACCGUGUGAGUUUUGGGUGCUGAGUAGGGCUGAAGCGAGCUGAGUCGUGCUGCUCUGAGGUAGUCGAAACACGAGCCGUGUCGGGCUGAAGUGAGCUGAAAAAGGGUCGUGGAAAAGGGCCAUAUGUGUCAGCCCUGUGAUGACCUGGCGGCUUGUCCAGGGUGUACCCCGCCUUUCGCCCGUAGUCAGCUGGGAUAGGCUCCAGCUUGCCUGCGACCCUGUAGAACAGGAUAAAGCGGCUAGAGAUGAUGAGAUGAGAUGAAGUGUCUGAACCUCCUGGAAUCUUUUCAGCCAAAUCUGAGAUGGUCGAGUAGGAGCAUUCGGAGAUUUGACAUGGAUGACCCUGAUACCAAAAGAAGAAAGUGUGGAAAGGAGUCAAAGGCAGCUGUGAGCUCCAAGAGAACAGCACCAGCUGACAGCAGGAGAAGAAUGUCGUGUUUUAAGGGGGAUAUGAACUUUUGCCCGGAGUGUGGUAAUAUCCUUCCAAUCCCAGGAGUUCAUGAUUUUAUUACCUGUCCUCGAUGUGCCUUCAAAAUCCCUGUCCGAGAAAUUUCAGGGCACGUGAUCAAGUCGUCAGUGGUGUUUAAUUCGUUAGAGAAGAGCUCAUCUACUGUCAGAAGUGAAGAAGACUCUGAGCUAAAAGGCCCAGUGAUUGACCGGAGGUGUUCACGCUGUAAUAAAGAAGGAAUGGUUUACCACACGAGACAAAUGCGAUCUGCUGAUGAAGGCCAGACGGUGUUUUUCACAUGUAUACACUGCAGAUACCAAGAAAAGGAGGAUUCAUGAGAAGAGAGCAGAGGAUUUUUUUUUUCUUUCUUUGGACCACAAAAAUUUCACUUGAUCACCACCAAAGUGUAAUAUUCUCUCUCUCUGUCUGUCUGUUUCUUGUGCUCUCUCUCUCUCUCUCUCUCGCUCUUUGUCUGUCUCUUGCUCUUUGUCUCUCUCUCUGUGUCUGUGUGUGUCUGUCUCUUGCUCUUUGUGUGUGUGUAUCUCUCUCUGUCUGUCUGUCUCUUGCUCUGUCUCUCUGUCUUUCUCUCUGUCUGUGUCUCUCUCUCUGUCUCGCGCUCUCUCUCUAUCUCGCUCUUUCUCGCUCUGUCUGUGUGUCUCUCUUGCUGUGUGUGUGUCUCUCUCUCUGUGUGUCUCUCUUGCUCUUUGUCUCUCUCUGUCUUUCUCUCUCUGUCUGUCUGUGUCUCUCUCUCUCUCGCUCGCUCUCUGUCUGUCUCACUCUUUCUCUCACUUUCUUUCUGUCUCGCUCUCUGUCUCACAUUGUCUGUCUCUGUCUAUCUGUUUGUCUGUCUGUGUUUCUCUCUCUCUCUCCCCCCGUGUGUGUGUGUGUGUGUGUGUGAGAGAGAGAGAGAGAGAGAGAGAGAGAGAGAGAAGUCAGCCACUCGUUUGACAUCUGGAUUGUCUUUACAGUAUGAUCCCACUUUGCAUUUGGGAUUUUGAUUUAAAUAAUAAAGAAUAAUGACAUAAAA